AUGGCGAAAUUCCCAUUUCAAAUUGCUGGGACCUCCGUCCUUUGCUGCAUAUCCAUGUUGCAGCUCCACCCUCCUUCUCAUAGAUAUGAGAUGACAUUAGAUUCUGCUGGCCUAAUCCUUGGAAGUACAUUUCUGGGGAGAGAUGAAAGAUUCCAGAAGUUUUUGUUUCCCGCCAAAAGCCAAGGAACUUUGGGUGCAUUUACGUCGUUCGGUUACUUACUUUUCCAGUUUAUGAGCGGAGUGAAAAUGGACACUGGCAUGAUUAGAAAAACAGGACCAAAAGCGCUAGCAAUUGGGGUUCUAAAUUUAGUCGUGCCCUUGGUAGCUGGUGGAAUCGCUAUGUUAGCGAACAGAAGCUAUAAUCCUAAUAAUGCUUACAUAGGAGAUCAGAUUAGAAGACAACGUAACCGCUAUGGAAUCUUGGUAGCUCAGUCCAUGACAGCAUUUCCAGUUAUUGCUCUCCUUCUUAAGGAUCUCAAAAUCCUCAACACAGAGCUUGGCCGAUUAGCAAUGUCUUCUGGUCUCAUCACUCACUUACUUCAAGUGGCAAUUACAUCAGUCAACACAAUAUGGUUUUCCAAUCUUAAAAAUAAGCAGGACUACAAUCAAACUCUAGAUUCAUUCCUUUGCAUGGCUCUUGUCAUCUUGAUUAUCUUUAUCAUCCGGCCAGCCCUUCUGUGGGUAGUCCAACAGACACCUAAAGGCAGGCCUGUAAAUGAUUUGUACAUCUUCUUCGUUAUCCUUCUUUGCUUUGUCUCUGGUGUUUUCUCUUAUUAUCUGGAUGUAGGAGUGCUGUUUGGGCCCUUCAUUGUUGGAUUGGCUAUACCUGAGGGGCCGCCUUUAGGAUCUGCUUUGGUCGACAAGCUUGAUACCUUUUCUUCAGGUGUGCUUUUGCCUACAUUCAUCACUCUGGUAACCCUGAGAACAAGUCUAUCUGCACUGGCAAUAAACAAAUCCAGUAUCAUGGUGUCCAUCGUACUCAUGGUCGUCCCUUUCGCAUCAAAGAUUAUAGUAUGCUCCCUGGUUGCAAGAUAUUGCAAAAUGCCCUUGAAUGAUUCAAUAGCACUCGGUCUAAUCAUGAGCAUAAAAGGGGUUGUGGAUUUGGCUACGUACAGCUUCAUAAGGGACCAAGGGAUUAUCGAUCAAACGACCUUUGCUUUGUUGGUUAUUUCAACAGCAGCCAUAGCCAUGUUUGUUCCUUCUAUGGUACAAUUGCUUUAUGAUCCUAGCAGAAAAUAUGCAAGCUACCAGAAAAGGAACAUCAUGCACUCAAGACAUGGAGGUAAGCUACCAAUACUUGCAUGCAUUCACUCAUCAGACAACAUUGUGGCUACCAUAAAGCUACUUGAUGCCUCUACUCCCACGGUAGAAAACCCCAUUGUGGUCCAUGCCCUUCACUUAAUUGAGCUACGUGGUCGAGCCUCGCCAAUCUUCAUAUCCCACCAAGUUCACAAGAGAACAGAUAUUUCUUACUCUGAAAAUGUUAUACAUGCUUUUAAGCAAUUUGAGAGAAACAACUGGGGAUCCGUGGCUGUCCAAGCCUUCACGGCAAUCUCUCCACGCAACCUAAUGCACGAGGAUAUAUGCACGCUUGCCCUUGAUGUCCUUGCUUCCCUGAUUAUAGUCCCUUUCCACCGAAAAUGGGGCAUUGAUGGAUCAGUUGAAUCUGAAGAUCAAUGUUUAAGGAUGGUAAAUCGCAAUGUUCUCGACAGGGCUCCUUGCUCAGUAGGAAUUCUCGUUGACAGAGGACAUCUUGGACGUUCUGGCUCAAUGACAUUAUCCGUGAAAGCACACUUUGUCGCUGUGAUCUUUCUUGGAGGAAAGGAUGAUCAGGAAGCACUGACACUGGCAAAGCGUAUGACCAGGAAUGAGAAUGUUAACCUCACCGUCAUGAGAUACAUCUCUAAGGGUCGUGACGGUUCCGACAUGGAGGAUGACAUGAAUGACAUGAAGGUGCUGUAUGAUUUUAAGCAAAACAGAGUUGGUCAAGGCAAUGUUACUUACAUUGAAAAGGUAGUAAAUGAUUGCCCUGAAUUGGUACAGCUAGUCCGAUCCAUGGCUGAUCAAUAUGAUCUUAUUCUAGUAGGAAGAAGGUAUAAUAAAGAGUCUACAUUGACAAGAGGACUUGAGGAAUGGAGUGAAGUUCCAGAGAUAGGAGUCAUUGGUGACUUGCUAGCUUCAAGUGAUGUCAGACGCAGGGCUUCUGUUCUUGUUGUGCAACAGCAAUUGACAACAUAUUAG